AUGCUCGCAGGUGUUAGCGGGCUGCCGACGCCCGACGCCGACGACGACUGCCGGAGCGCGCGCACGCCCAAGCCGGGCGAGCACGCGGCCUUCGCGACCCUCGAAGACGCUGGGAUCGACCUCGCCGCGCUCCCCCUGCCUUAUCUCGACAAUUACCCGUACCCCGCGUUCGUCCUCGUCCCCGGCGUGCCCGUCAACAAAGAGAAGCACGGCGGCACAUUCAGCCUGCACAACAUCCAGCUGCUGAGCCCGAUCUGGAGCAAUCCCUGCUGGCGCCGCAUCAGCGGCGGGUGCGAGAACCUCCUCGAAUGCUUGUCGGCGGAGAGCGCGCGCCGGCUGAGCUUCUGGCUCAGCGGCGCGUUCGGCGCGUUCACCAGCACGAGCUGGAGCGCGCGGCGCGCGGAACAUGCCGACGAAAACAACCCCAUGUGUGCGCCGCCGACGGUGACGCUCGAGUUCGAGCUCGGCGCCCGCACGCGCCUCACCCUCGCCAAGACGCUGUUUCCGCUCUACCAGACCGGCCCGGACGGGCGCAGCCUCAUCUCCACCCACAUCCUCGCCGUCAUCACUGCGACGCCGCAUGGGCGCCUCGAAUUCGCGCCCCGGCCCCUGCCGUCGCCGGCGCUGUCGACUGACAGCGGCCCGACUUCAAGCUCCGCCGUUCCCGCGGAGGCACCCGCCGACGAGCAGGGCAAACUGCUGUACCUCCGGCACGACGGCAGCUGGGCGCCGCGCCGCCAGCGCACCGGGCGCGUCAGCAGCUGCAACUCCCUGCUCGAAACUAACGAUUGGGCGCGCUCGCCCCUGGGCCCUAGGGAACAAUGGCCGACCAGCCUGCAGCUCGUCGUCUCCUUCGUGAUGAACAUCCCGUUCCCCGGGUCGAUGUGGUGGGGCGAGGACAUGUGUCUCGUCUACAACCAGCUGUAUGCCGAGGCGCUGCCAAACCACCCACACCCGUUCGGGCAGACGGGCACAGCAAGUUGGGCUGAGCUCUGGCCGGCGCUCGGCAGCCUCAGCGAGCUCGUGCUGAAUGGUACCCCAGUCGCUAAAGAGGAUGGUGGGUACACGUCAGACGUAGCUGAGACAGACCUCUGUCUUGUGGCCGAUGCGGACGGCCAUGUCCGCGAGAUGUAUCGCCUAAACAUCUGGGUCCCCAUCAAGAGCGGGAAGCGCACAGAGGCACUCAUCCAUCUCUGGGACGAUCGCACCACCAAAGUCGUUUCUGGGCGCCGCGCCCUACUGCUAUAUACGCUGUCGGAACGCGCCUCGACCUGCCGCACAGUGGGGGACUUCGACCGUGCUGUCCUGGAGACGGUGGAGCCGAAUCCGCGCGACCUCCCCUUUGCGCUCCUCUACCAUGUUGAGCGGACCAAGACGGACGCGGCUGGCCCGCGCGAGCGUACUUUCGUCCGUCUGCGGUACGCCGGAGGCGUGGGCGUGCCGCACGAGCACCCCGCGGCGCCGCUCAGCCUUGACGUGCCCAUGGCCUUGCCGGAUGGCGAGGACGCCGGGAGCCCGCAGCCCCGUACGCAGACGGCUCUUGUCUCAGAACCCUGGCCAUUCGCGGAAGCCAUCGAGACUGGCAAGCCAGUAUUUGUGCCAGAUUGCUCCGGCAUUGUCGAGGGCUUCCCCGUUCGCGUGUGGGACGAGUUGCCGACGUCCGCCAUCGUCAUCCCAAUAGUGCGGUUUACCGAUGCCGAUCUGCCCUCGACAGUAAUGGUUGUCGGGUUGAGCGAUCGCCUCCCCUGGGACGGGGUAUACCAGCAAUUCUUGCGAGAACUACGCCUGGAGCUUGCGUCGCACUACGCCGCCGUCAAGACGCACGAAGAUCUGCUCGCGCGACGGCGGGAGGGUGCUGCUCGCGCAGCCGUGCAGAAUCUCUCCUUCGCGGCUCUGCGCCACGAAUUGGCCGCGAUGCUCGGGCUCAUUGCCGGACCGCUUGAUGACGCGCUGGACGCGACUGCCGACGGGCCCGCACGCACAGCGCUGGAGACGAGCCGACGAAACCUUCUGCGCUUUGCGCGUGGUCUCUCUGCGCUCACGGAGAUGAGUAGCAUCGACUCGAGGCGGAUCAAGGGUUCUUUCUCGCCCGUCAACUUUGGGAAGCUCGUCGGUUCUGCCGCGCAGACAUUCCGCCCGCCGCCCGAUAUUGAUUACCUUAUAGAGUGCGACACGGGGCCGCACGACGUCUUCGUUGAUCGCGAUAAGCUUGAGCGUGUGCUCUUCACGCUCGUUGGCAAUGCGUUCCGCUUCACCUCCUCUGGUCAAGUCCGCGUGCGUGUGUUUUACGAGGGCCAGGCCGCGGUACUCGCAGUCGAGGACACCGGAGUCGGGAUGGACGGCCGCACUCUUGCCCUCCUCAACUCGCCCCUCACUGUGCAAGAAGGCAUUGAUGCCCGUCUAGUCUCUCUCACGCACGCAAUCACACUGGCGCGGAUGCACGGCGGCAGCCUUCACGCCGAGUGCCCGCCGACCGGCGGGAGCAGGGUGACGCUCACCCUCCCUUUGGGCAGCGACCACUUGCCGCACGAAUGCGUCAACGUUCCGCUCGGCCCGAUCGAUGUGCUCAAGGCUUUCCACCAGAGUGUGAUGGAUGAUCUUGCGCACUGCCAGUGGGGCUGGGUGGGCAGUGCCGUGCCGCCUGAUCCGGCUCGCAGCUUCCAAAGAGCCAUCGAGGGUGGCGAGGAGCUGCCCGUGAGCGUGCAAAUCGACCCUGAAGAUGUCGUGUUGAUCGUUGACGCCACACUAGAGAUGCGGCAGUACCUGCGCGGCAUCUUUGCACCGUUUUGCCACGUCGUCGAGGUGACGAGCGCGGCAGACGCGCUCAAGCACAUGGAAGAGUCAGCCUUGGACAAGGCGCCUGACCUGGUGAUCGCGGAUGCCCACUUGUCCGGAAUGUCUGGGUUCGACCUCGUCGCGGCGCUGCGGCAGGGCAGCAGAUUACAACAGAUGCUUCCUGUGAUAAUGAUGACAGGUUCCCGAGAGGAGGCUCUCCCCGAGGUCGCAUACGGCGCCGACGACUAUCUCGCGCGUCCGUUCGGGGCUCGGGAACUCAUCACUCGUGCUCACAUGCAGCUGCAACUGGGCAAAAAGCGACGUGCGCUGGAAGCGGCCUACGCCCAGCGAACACAAGAGCUGCGUAUCCUCAACGACGCGAUCCCCGUCGGCAUCUACCGCACCACCGCCGACGGGUGGUUUGUGUAUGCCAACGCGAUGUGGUAUGAGCUCACAGGCUACCCGCGUGGCAGGCAAGUUGUGAACUGGGGCGACUACGUGGUUGAGGCCGACAAGGAGACCGUGCGACAGCGAUGGUCCGAGUUUCUUUCGGGCCCGGCCCGCAGCGUACACGGCGAGGUCCGCUUCGUGUCCGGGCGCGUGUGCAGCUAUACCUCGCUGCGGCUCGAUGGGAUCGCUGGCGCACCAACCGGCAUUCUCGGCUGCGUCGUCGACAUCACGGACCGCAUCAAAAACGAAGAGCUUCAGAAACAGCGCGUGGAGGAAGCACUCCGCCGCCAAGCCGAGGCGGAGGAGGCCAAGCGCCAGCAGGAGGAGCUAAUCGACAUCACCUCACAUGAGAUCCGCAAUCCCAUCAGCAACAUGAUGCAGUGCGCGAGUCUCGUGCGCGGCAAUCUCCUCAAACUCCAGGGCGAGCUUACACGUAUCGGAUAUGCCGCGCCCGCCCUCGCCGCCAUAGAAGACGACCUCGAGGCGCUUCAAAACAUCUAUAACUGCGGACUCACGCAGGAGCGUAUCUCGAACGAUGUGCUAUCCCUUGGCAAACUCCAGCUCGGCCGGCUCGAGAUCUUCCACGUCGCCACCGACAUAGUGCGCGAGACCAGCAAACUCGUCGGCGUCUUCCAGGCUGAAGCAAAGAUGAACCUCGUUGAUCUGAGCCUGGACAUCGGGACAGGGUUCGAAGACAUGGGCGUGCGCGCUGUCAUGAUCGAUCCUGUGCGGUACUCGCAAAUUGUUACCAACUUGGUGUCCAACGCAAUCCGGUUCACGUCCAACUCGCCCCAGCGGCGCGUCAGGGUGAUGUUGGACAUUGGCGCCUCCCCACCGGACGAGGGAACCACCACCAAACCGUCUCGGACGGCUGCGUCGAAUGGUCCGCUGUACCUCUUCUGCAGCGUAUCGGACACCGGGCCGGGCAUGACGCCUGCGGAGCGUGCGACCCUGUUUCAACGCUUCUCCCAAGCAUCGGCCAAAACGCACACCGUUUUCGGCGGAUCUGGGCUCGGCUUGUUCGUCUGCAGGAAAAUUACGGAACGCAUGGGUGGGCGCAUCGAUGUCGAGUCACAUGUUGGGCAAGGCAGCCGAUUCCAGUUCUUCUUGCGCGUUGAGCGUGCCGCCGCGCCGGCUACCCCGCCAGGGCUGGUUUCCGGCAAGCGUGAGGUAUCCGCACAUGUCCUGGUCGUGGAGGACAACGUCCUCAACUGUAAAGUGCUGGACCGGCAAUUUAGCAAGGUCGGCAUUCGCGUCGAGAGCGUCGGAAACGGUUUGGAGGCGCUGGGCCGCCUCACGAAGAGCCAGGCGCCCGGCGCUACCGACGACGAGCGGUUCGACGUUGUGCUCAUGGACCUCGAGAUGCCUAUCAUGGAUGGGUACACGGCCACGCGGCGGUUACGCGAAGCCGAGGCGGUAGGGAGCGUGCUCCCGACGGCGGUGAUUGCAUUCACCGGGAAUGCGCGGCACGCGCAGAUUGGCGAGAAGAUGGCCGACUUUGAUGAUGUCGUGGUCAAGCCGUACCGGAUUCACGAAAUGCUUGAUCAGAUCGAGCGCGCUGUGCGCGAGGGUCCCAAGCGGCGGCCACUGCGGCAUGCAGUCAACGGAAGAGCGUAGGGGCGGCAAAGCGUGGGUUGCGAGGGCGAGCACACUACCAAUCAUGACCUCAAGAGCCCCCUGCGCCAAGACUGGGCAGGAAUUAGUGUUGUAUUUCUAUG